CAACGGCCAGUGAAGCAGUCCCUGAGCGCCUGCAUGUGCCGAGAAUCCCACUGGAAAUGCCUCCUCCUCUCCAUCCUCAUGUACGGCUGCCUGGGUGCAGUGGCCUGGUGUCAGCUGGCCCGGGUCACCAAGCUCAGCUUCGAUAGUUCCUUCAAGGGCAAGUCCAUGAUCUACCACGACAGCCCGUGCUCGGAUGGCUAUGUCUAUAUCCCGCUGGCCUUCCUCUCUAUGCUGUACGUGGUGUACCUGGUGGAGUGCUGGCACUGCCACGUCAAGAGAGAGCUGCAGUACAAGGCGGACGUGGACAGUGUCUAUGAAUGCAUCAACCGCAUGCAGCAAGCCACUCCGUGUAUCUGGUGGAAGGCCAUCAGCUACCACUUUGUGCGGCGAACCCGGCAGGUGACCCGGUACCGCAACGGUGACGCCUACACCACCACGCAAGUCUACCACGAGAGGGUGAACACCCACGUGGCUGAAGCUGAGUUUGACUAUUCUCACUGUGGAUACAAGGACAUUUCCAAGGAGCUCCUGGGUUUGGAGAGCUACACAGCCACCAAGCUGAGGUUCACCAAGUGUUUCAGCUUUGCCAAUAUUGAGUCUGAGAACUCUUACCUGACGCAGAGGGCUCACUUCUUCACAGAGAUCGAGGGGCUGGAUGACUACAUGGAGGUGAGGGAAGGCAUGCAGCUCAAAAAUGUGGACUUUAAAGAGCUUAUGAUGGCCUACGGGGACCCGGAUCAUCUCCCGUGGUACGUGUCCCACUAUGCUUUCUGGGUGGCAGCUAUCCUGAUGAUCUCGUGGCCGCUCAGGGUACUCAUAGAGUAUCGAACUGCUUAUGUGCACUACCAUGUGGAGAAGCUGCUGGGCCUGGAGUACACGGCACCCACGGCAGCGGAGGAGCCCUUGUACCGGUACCGCAUGCCCCGAGACGCCACGCAGGACAGCACCGAGCUGGAGUGGCACAUCUGCACCAACCGGCAGCUGAUCCCCAGCUACUCGGAGGCCAUGCUCAUGGACCUGGCCGACUCCCCGGCCUACAACAGCUAUGCAGUGUGCCGGUACGGCGAAACGGCGCACGGCUGCGAACGCUGCAACCAUGCCUCCAGCACCUCCUCCAUCUUCUCACGCCACGCUUUCCACAGCUGCAGCGGCAACUCCCGCCUCUCCCUCAACACCAGCCGCUUCUCCGGCUCCCACAGGACAGGCCUCUGGAGGAGCCGCAGCAGCAGCAUCGCGGACCGGGGCUGCCAGGAUGAGCAGUGCUGCUCGUACUCCAGCCAGCUGGCUGUCAACGAAAACCCCCCAACCUACCAUGACGCCCGCUUCUUCCCCGUCCUGAUUGUGCACAGGCCGGAGGGGCACGACGGGCGGCAUUUCUACAUCAGGCGCUCGUCCUGUCUGGAAACCUCUCUGUGA